AUGGGGGGUGCAAGGGGAAGUAGGAUAGUGGUAACUACUCACUUGAUAAAGGUAGCGGAGAUAACAGGCACAACUCCGCCUCGUGAGCUUAAAGGCCUAGAUCCAGAAAAGGCUUGGUCGUUGUUUACAAAAAUGGCAUUUAAAGGAGGCAAAGAGCCAGAGAACCAAGGCAUAAUAGACCUGGGAAAAAAGAUUGUGGGAAAAUGUAUUGGGGUGCCUCUUGCUAUAAGAACAAUAGGAAGCUUAUUGUAUGGUAAAACCUCUGAAAUUGAGUGGCAAUCUUUUUUAGAGAAUGAACUCUCAAAAUUAACCCAACAAGAAAAUGAUAUUUCAUUAACUCUUAAGCUGAGUUAUGAUCACCUUCCAUCACAUUUGAAGCAAUGUUUUGCUUAUUGUAGAUUGUUUCCAAAAGAUUAUAGGAUUGAUGUAGUUACACUUAUUAAUCUUUGGGCAACACAAGGCUUUACUGUGUUAGAAGGUCCAAGGCAGCGUUUUGUGGAUAUUGGUAGGAGAUAA